CUGUAGUCUUUUGAGACCUGUCACGUCUGCAGUCUGUUAUCUCCUGUAGUAUCUCCACAGUCUCUGGUCAUCUGUAGUAUGUCCUCAGUCUCUGGUCAUCUGUAGUAUGUCCACAGUCUCUGGUCAUCUCCUGUAGUAUGUUCGCAGUCUGUGGUCAUCUCCUGUACUAUGUCUGCAGUCUCUGGUCAUCUCUCCUCUAAUAUGUCUACAGUUUCUGGUCAUCUGUACUAUGUCCGCAGUCUCUGGUCAUCUCCUAUACUUUGUCUGCAGUCUCUGGUCAUCUCCUGUACUAUGUCCACAGUCUCUGGUCAUCUCCUGUAGUAUGUCUGCAGUCUCUGGUCAUCUCUUGUACUAUAUCUACAGUCUCUGGUCAUCUCCCGUACUAUGUCCUCAGUCCUGGUCAUCUCCCGUAGUAUGUCCGCAGUCUCUGGUCAUCUCCUCUACUAUGUCUGUAGUCUCUGUCAUCUCCUGUACUAUAUCUGCAGUCUCUGGUCAUCUCCUGUAGUAUGUCCACAGUCUCUGGUCAUCUGUAGUAUGUCCGCAGUCUCUGGUCAUCUCCUGAAGUAUGUUUGCAAUCUCUGGUCAUCUCCUG